AUGUCUCCAUCGCUCGCUCUCUUCGCGCUCAUUGCCGUUCUUUGCCUCGUUCCGUUCGCGGACUCGAUUCGGUGUUAUGAUUACACCAGCACCAAUUUGGUCAAGACCAAUAUGAAGACCUGGGUGAGUUAGAAUCAUGUAAUCAAUCCGGGAAUUGUGCUCAUGCAUUGGCCGGAAGGUGAGCCAUCCCUGGUACAGAUUAUUAGAAAGUUCGCCAGGUUAAAAGUUCACAAAAUCAAAUUGUUUUGUGGAACUGUACCAAGAUCAAUCAGGGACCAAAUAUAUAAACAUUCCAGGUCGACUGCCCAUCGGACGCCCAGUACUGCUACAAAAGCUACCUGGAAUCGCGUGACUUCAACAACGACAAGACGUACGUGGAGGGAAGAGCCUGCGGAUCCAACAACCUUUGCAUUGUAAGUUUCAAUCGACAGUACUCCCAGGAUUAUUAUCCUUUUCUAGCAAAACGGAUGCGUGGGCACCAAGACGGACAAGGCGUGCUGCUGCCACGGAGAGCUCUGCAACUCGUCCUCGCUCGCCAAACUCACCGCCUCCCUUCUCACCAUCCUUGGAUUUUACCUUUUGAAGAACUGA